UCGCAAGAAAUUUGAGACUACUGUUGUUAGAAGAAAUAAUCAUUACAUCGUGGAGUCAACGCGCAUUGCUAGGACUCGCAAACUUAAAAAACAUUUUUAUAAAGAAAUGCAACAUUAUUGACAUGCAAGAAAAUUUUCUAUCUGCAGUGAGCCAAUCUUUAUCAACAUUAACAGUAGUGGAAACUGGUUAUUGGAAUCCGGAAAAUCUUACAGGGUCCUCACAAUUACCGAGUUUUUCUAUGCUAACCUGGGUAGAUUUAUCAAGCAACGACUUUGGUGCCAAUUUAGGAAACGCAAGCUUUACCAGACUGAGGUAUUGCAAGUCACUAUACCUCGCUUCCAAUAGAAUCUCUUAUAUAGAACCAGGAGCAUUUGAUAAUCUGAUGGAAUUGGAAUAUUUAAAUUUAAAUAAUAAUUUCCUAAGCCGCAUAGAACCGGGUCUAUUUAAUGUCAUGACGUCAUUUUCCACGCCAAAAGUUAGAUUAAAUCUGGUAGAAAAUUGGUGGCAUUGUGAUUGCUCGGACAGAGAAUUAAGACGAUUAACUGAUCUCGCUAUACUAUUGGUAGAUCCGAUUUGCAACUCUCCCAAAUCUGUGCAAGGAAAAACGUUUUAUGAAUUUGUCGCUUAUUGCAAAGAAAAUGAACCAAAACAUAUAGUUACUGUUGAUAUGCAACGUAAAACUGUUGAAAAUGAAGAAUCGAGCACAGAGAGUUUUAUGUGCGUCUCAAAAACUUCUCCAGACUCUACGUCAAGAGUGGUAUCACCUUUUCACAACUAUCAAUGCUCAGUGAAUGUCCUGAAAUCUCUUUCUCAAGGUAAUUCAACGGUGAUAGACUAUACUACUUCAAAAGACAGUUUGUGGGUCAAACCGGUUAUAAUUCUUAUAGGCGAAAAUUUUACAAUGGUCGAGUUAAGUUUAUCAAGAACUGAAGGUCAUGGGCUUAUUUGGUAUCGACAUUCAUGUGCGAAUCAAGUAUUUUGUGUAAACGUCUUACCAGACACAAUUCGACUUUAUAAUAUGGAUAUGUAUAAUGAGUAUACUUUUUGCCCUGUAGAUCUUAAAUCGGGUACUGUCGAAAGUUCUCAUUGCAUUGAUGUUUCGUCGAAUAACACAAGUAAUUCUUCUUUUAAAAAACGAUUAAUAGUAUUGCCUUUAAUAGCAAUUGCUUCUCUUUUCUUUGGGGCUUUCACACUGUACAUACUUAUUCGAAAAUAUCCCUUUCUAUUGAAAGGAAGCAAAAGACUGCUAUUCGUGAAGCAUAAAACGGUGGAUGCCUUGGUGUUGCCACCGAAGGUACCUUUACGUGGAGUUCAGAGCAACACUUUCUUGAAUUAUUCCAAAGAUAUUCCAGACAUACCGACAUCUUUACAUCAUGAUUUCUUACGGUUGGGUUCCGUGAGAAGUUGCCAUAGUAUCGCUCCAAGCUAUAUUUCCGCGCUACACCCAACCGAAGAGCAACUAGCGGAUUGGCGCUUGAAACAUGCUAAUGAACGUUUUGACAGCCAUUAUGCAACGGUCUCCAUAAUUAGCUCCGCAGUAUCGGUUUCGUUAUCAAGUAAUAGCGAUCACUUGUAUUACUCAAUUGAGGAUGAUUCACCAAUCGUUAGCAUCAGUGAUCCGUUUAGUCAGAAUUUAGAAUAUGAACCUGUCAGUGUUUCUUAAUUUUCUUAUUAGAGAGCAAUAGCUUAGUAGAGUGCCGUAAAUUUUCAUCACCGGAACCCGAUUACCU